AUGAAGUCCGCAUUUAUUUUGAGUAUCUUUGUGGCACUUGCUGCCGCCAUGCCCCAGGCUGAUCCUCUGUUGAAACGAGAAUCACCAAGCACACCUCCAGAUGAAGAGCCCAAGCCAUCUAUGCCAGAAGAGCCCAAGCCGGUCAAGCCUUCUAGGAUAGAGGGCCUAUGUAGCAUUUACAAUCCUUGCCCUGACGGCAAAGUAUGCAUCGGGGACCACAGACUCUACGGUAGCAACAAUCAAGGGUUCUGUGUCGACGAGCAGGUAGAGUGUGAAAUCUUCUCGACCGACAUUUAUAAAAACGAAUGCCCAGGAGACUACGCCUGUAUUCCUCGCGCAAACAAAUUGGAUUGCCCGAGCUGCGGGCUUUGCCUAGCGGCAAGUAGUUACCAGAAGGUAAAGGGCUUGCAACCAUAUUUUUGCGCAAGCAAAGAGCCCAAGAUGUGUUUUGAAGACGUGGACCCUGAAAAACGUGGUAAACGUAGUACUUGUCUCAACAAGGAAUUUUGGAAGGAAAUGGAUACCUGUCCUGAGCAUCUUACGGCACGGGUAUUUCGUUGCGGCAAGGGGGAUAGUGAAGAUGGCUGCGAUUCCAACACGGCUUGUAGGAAAGUUUGCCCUGAAUGGGACCUCUCUUGCAUCAAUGAACCGGGAAGUGAAUUCUGCAUACCAAAGAGCUAUCUAGAGCGCGUGUCUUAUUCACCGCCCUAUAAGCCAAAGCCAAAGCCAUCCGGCUCGAGCUCGAGCUCGUGUACAAACAAAGUCACGGUCACAGUAACAAGCAUGAAGACGAUGAAACCAGUUGUUAGAGUCAAGACCGUGAUAUCGAGGGUCACAGUCACGAGUAUCAGAUAUAAGUACUCCAAUAAGAAGAAUGACUAUUAG